AAAAUGUCCGCCAUCAUCCCUUGAUCACUCACACAAUUCCAAUUGGAAUACCACUGAACCCUCGAGCCCCUCGCGGGAGCGCGCCCGUGAGUGCAGGAGUGCUCAAGUGUUCCAUUUGGGAUUCGACCUGUCUGUAUGUUUGGCGCAGCCACAGUUAAUAAAGACAUUUCCUAAGUCAAGUAGCCGUGCUUCAUCAACUAAUCACCUCGAAGAUAUCACAACAACCAUCUCAGCUCACGUGUGAGUUUCAGUUUGGAGAAGAAAUAAAAUUUGCUCCCAGAACUGAAGGAGGCAGCAGAGAGGACCCAGACUCUGUACCGCUCAGAGAAGCAGAGACGCAAAGAGAUGGAGCUGAAAGUCAGCACCAUAGAAGAAGAGCUGCAGGACCUGAAGUCCGAUAAGGAGAGCCUAGAGCGAAUGCUUUCAGAGAGGAAGAAGAAAUGGCAGGCAGAGCGCCAGCAUCGGGACGAGGAGGUGGAGGAGCUCCGGAAGAACAGCCAGACAGAGCUGGACAACCUCUGGGCUCAGCUUCGCAAGGCCAGGACCAGCAAGGACAACGCUGCAUCUGAACAGUUGUCUCAGCUGCAGACGGAACUGGAGGAGGAGUGGAAGGGGAAAUGUAAGCAGAUGAUGGAUGUGGCCAACGAGCAGCAUCACCGAGAGCUGAGCGAAGUCACGGAGCAGAGAGAUGCUCUGCAGGACAAGCUCACCCAGCUGCAAGAGAAGUUUGCUGUUUUGAAGCAGACGAGAGAUUCAGAGGAAGAACGUUUGCUGCAGAGCCGGCGGCAGACUGAAGAGCUGCAGGCGCUGCAGGAGGAAUUUGCAGCCUUGGAGCAGCAGGGAGCAGCCGUGAGGGAAAAGCUGGAGAAACGAGUGGCUGAGCUGCAGAGGAAAGUGGAGGACCAGGAGAGUUCAGGAGAUACUGCAGCAGAGUCCAACUGGGAGAAUGGGGGAGGAAAAUGGAGAGGAGCCAUUUUUCCAGAACACAACUCCCACCAAACCCCCCGCUGCACCCAGUGAGGAGGAAGAGGAGGAUGAGAUGAGCCUGAAGGGUCGUCCGCCUCCUGCCCCGCUGUUUGGUGAUGAUGAUGACGACGAUGAUGGUCUGGACUGGCUGAACUGACUGGAACCGGCCCGGCUGCUUUCCUGGUGGUGGGGUUCAGACGACGGUCUGCACCGAGACCUGGGAUCUGUCCCGAGGCUGGGACCGUUCUCCUCAGACGCCUUCCAGCAGCUUCCGAGAAGACGGUUGAUCUCAGAUUAUAGAAACUAACGUCCGUGGUUUUAGAUCCGGUUUUUAAUCGAGCUUUUUACACCGACUCACUCAGUGAAGAAACCAGGUGGAAAAAUGUGGCCUUUCUGUGUCGUAGCUCCUGAUUUUAUCUGUUAGCCGUCUCACGUUGGAAAAUAAACACCAACCUUUAGAUUAUCAAUCAUGACUUUAAACUUAAUUAAAUGAUUUUUAAAUAAAAAGUUGUUUUUUGUUCGUUUUGCUACUUGUGAGAUGAUUGAAAAG